AUGUCUCUGAAUGAAAACAUUACCGAGUUCACCUCCAAACUCUCCCCGGCUGCGGACGCAUGUGUGGGACUGACCAUCCUCACCGUCGUUCUGCUCUCUGUUCUCGGCAAUGGGCUGGUCCUGGUCAUCUGUUACCGCAGGAGGAAGAAGAUGGUGGGCUCGGAGCUGCUCUGCGUCAACCUGGCCGUGGCCGACUUCCUCUGCUGCAUCUGUUUCUACCCGCUCUCUGUCAUGUCCUCUUUCCACCACUCGUGGCUGGGGGGGAACGUCACGUGCAUUUACUACGGCUUUGGCUGCUUCAUCUUCGGACUGUGCGGCAUGUUCACCAUCGCCGCCAUCAGCGUCACACGCUACCUGAAGACCUGUGACAGCUUGCUUAACACCGUGCAGUCGGAUGGAGCUAACGUCCGCAUAGCGUGCUGUGCCACCUGGGUGGUCGCCACCGUGUGGUCCAGCUUGCCCCUCUUUGGCUGGGGCGAGUACGUUCCCGAGCCUUAUGGACUGUCCUGCACCAUCGCCUGGAGGAAUUACCACACCUCGGCAAAGGACGCCUUCUACGUCAUCUGCACCUUCGCCUUCUUCACACUGGUCCCCAUUCUCCUCAUCGUGGUGUCCCAGUGUCAGAUCCUCCACCAAGUGUCCAGCUUCACCAACUCCAUGUCUGCCAGAGGCAUCCACAACAACCUGCGGCACACUGAAAAACGUCUCUCUAUGAUGUUUUUCUGCAUCAGCCUGGGUUUUGUGAUCGCCUGGGCUCCGUAUGCUGUUGUGUCCUUCCUCUUCAUUUUCCACAAGGAGCACAGGUACAUGGCUCCUGGGGGCUUCGUUUUCCCGGCCCUCUUCGCCAAAAGCUCCCACAUCUACAACCCCCUCAUCUACUUCUACUUCAACAAGACUUUCCAGCGGGAGCUGCGCUCUCUGCUCCUCUCAAUCUACUCUAAGCUCGGGGUGAACCAAGUGGGGGUCAACAUCGGUGCGGGCCACCAAGCCCCAUUCCCCAUCCACAUUCAGCUCCAGGAGCGAGGCAGCAUCCAAAAGAGGAACUGUAAGACCAAGAGCAAAGAAAAAGUGGUGCACGCCAGUGGCUGUCGGCCGGUGUUUGUCUGCUGGGGCUCCAAGUACACGGACUCGGACAAGAAACCUGCCGAAGACUGCCCACCUGACAACGUGUUGGCUGGACAACUCCCCACAAAGAACUCCGAGUGUCUGAUCGUGACCCUGAUGACCUAA